AGUGUUCUACUCUACCACACCCUCCUCCCAAAUACCUCCCAUUCUCCUCCUCCUUCCAAGAGAGAGAGAGAGAGAGAGAGAGAGAUAGAGGAGUGAUCGGCCCUGAGAGUUUAAACGCAGGAGAGAGCCAGCCGAGCGCACACACACACGCUAUGACAUCAUAGUGUCCAGGUCUGAAGAAACAACAAUGAGCUGUAGCCAGACCACGGCUGAGAAAGAAGUGGAUCUUUUAGGAGUUUGACAGUCUUGUUUCCCUUAUGCUUUCAGGUGAUAGUUUAAGUGACUGGUACUGGUAAAGAGGAGCUUAUGAAAGAAGACAAACAUGCUAUCUGCUGAUUAAGUUUAAAGUGAAUAACCCAGAACAGAUUUUAGCCCCAGUCUGGUAAGCUCUCACCUCUCGAGCCCCGUUCAUCAUUCCCCAUUACCUCACGUUAAACCCCUCAGCAUCCUAGCUAAGGCGAGUGGACUUCCUAACUGACCGGUGGCAGCAGCUGGUCCGAUGGAAGGUCCGGCCCUGGCCGCGCUGGGGGACCUGUGCGAGGCCCGCUCUCCCUCUCCGGAGGGGGAGACGGUGUGCGCGGCCCUGGCCCGUUACGAGACCACGCUCCGGGACGCGGUGAGGAGGAUCCACGCGGACGUGGCCGCCUUCAAGACGGGCGUGGAGCGGCGUCUGGACGAGACGGCCCACCUGGCCGACCCCCUGGAGCGGGCCGUGGUCCAGCUCCAGCAGGAGAACCGGCAGCUCAGGAACCAGCUGGAGGCCCUCGCCCGACAAGUGGAACUCCUGAGCGGCAUCAGAGGCGGGGUGCUGAAUAAUAACCACGGUCCCGGCCAGAAACACUACGAAGUUCUUCAAGGAAACCACCAGGAUGUGAAGGAAGUGGUCUACGGAAAGGGUGAGGCUCACACUCAGAACCAGGCUUACGUCUACAGUCUGAGCUCCACUUCGGGAAGCCACGCACAGACCUACAACGGCCUCGGCGGUCAGUCGAACUCGUCUUCGCCCCCUGGAGUGUUCCCGUGCUCCCAGAGCUCCGGCAGCCCCCCCGCUGGCCCCAGAGGGGCCUCCAUGGUGGUGUGUCCGGCGUCCGGCUGCAGCCCCUCCAUCGCCCGCUUCUCCAGCCGAGCCACCUUCGCUCUGUCCAGCAAGACCAAUAGCAUUGAGAGAGAAGAACCGAUAGAAAUCGAUCCAGUUCCAGUACACACUGGACAGGAGAACGGAAACCAUGCAACUACAGAGCAUACAGUGUUGGUACACGGAAAGAUCUCCCCACCCACUUAUUCUCAACCUGACGACACUCCGACCGCGUCCACACGGAUGCCACACCUCCCGAUCACAGCAUCGACCAAGACAGCAGAAAUAAAGACUUCUCAAAUCUCUGCUGGCAGCCCUGUUAGUUCUCUGCCUCCUACCGGCCAGAUAACCCCCGGCACCUUCCGGCCCCAACCCACAGAGGACUCUGCAGUUGAAGCAGUAUAUUCUGUAAAGACAUGGGCCUCUUCACCCAACAACGCUAUGGGAUCUGCAAGUCUUCUGGGAGAGAAGUCAAACGCAGCUCCUGCUAAGUCUGUUUCCUACUCAGAGCUGCUCCAGCAUGAGAGAGACGACGACGGAAGAAGGGACAAGUCCUCCGGCCAGGCGGGGGAGAGGAGGCGGGAGCUGGUGCGGUCGCAGACCCUCCCUCGGAGCAUAGGGGCCCAAACUCGCCGAUCUCUCUUUGACAGACUGGACUCCGAGGCCAGAAACAGCGCCCCAAAAGCUGUGACACUGAAGCGGUCCCAAAGUUUCGGGGUGUCCAGUGCCAGCAGCAUCAAGCAAAUUCUUCUGGAGUGGUGCCGCUCCAAGACCAUUGGCUACCAGAAUAUAGACAUCCAGAACUUCUCCUCCAGCUGGAGCGACGGGAUGGCUUUCUGUGCUCUGGUCCACUACUUCUUUCCCACCGAAUUCGACUACAACUCUCUGUCUCCUGCCAAUCGCAAACUGAAUUUCGAAGUGGCCUUUGGGACUGCAGAGGCGAAGGCGGGCUGCGACCGGCUCAUCGAGGUGGAUGACAUGAUGAUCAUGGGCCGGAAACCGGACCCCAUGUGCGUCUUCACCUACGUCCAGUCGCUCUACAACCACUUGCGCAAAUUUGAAUGAAGCCCAGAAGUCACGAUCGGAGUUAAACUAUCUGUUUGCAGAGCCCCCCGGAGUCAGAGCAGAGCUUUAGAGAGGCAGGGUCUCCUCCUAGUGGUGGAUUAUUGUAUUUUUCCUUAACCAAUACAAAGAAAUGACCUGCUCAUCGGACAAAAAACUUCAUCACUAGAUGAAUGGACUGCUGUGUCCACUGUAUUGACAUCUAGGGGGUUGAUAGUGAUGUUACUGUGCAUGAUGAAUAAUCAAUAGAGCUAAUUUUGACAAAGAUCCUUUCUGUAGACUUUGUUUUGUAUUGAAAUGUAUUAAACUGGCCAGAGAGGGAAUGUUGCUUUGUGUUUGAAAGAUAGUGUCUAUACCAACCUUUGCACCUCAUCUUUUACUGAAAAUAAUGUUAAGUAAAAUGCAAUUGUCUGUGGAUUUGUUGUGUGACGCUAAAGUAAUGGGAUGAGGAACAGGUAAACAAAUAAAGGGUGAUGAACACAUGAAUAUGUUUUGUCUCAACACGGAUACUUGUUUAGGCUUUGGAAAAAUAGGAGGAUGAAGACAAAAAUGCAGGAAAUCCAUCUGUUAGAAUAACUGACUGACAUAGCCUUAAAUCUGUUAAGGUUUCAGUCUGUCUCUCACUUAAUGUCAUAGGACUAGAAAAAGCCCCAAACA